GGGUGAUUGGCUGGAGGCUUGUUAACUAUUCAUGAGGGGGCGGGCCGAGCCGGGCGGCCUUUGUUAACCGGAGGGCGCGGUCGCCGGGAUUUUCACUGCGGGCUUCGCGGAGCGGGACUUGGCUGCCAGAUUGCGGUCGAGAUGUCCUACAUCCCGGGCCAGCCGGUCACGGCCGUGGUGCAAAGAGUUGAAAUUCAUAAGCUGCGUCAAGGUGAGAAUUUAAUCCUGGGCUUCAGCAUUGGAGGUGGAAUUGACCAGGAUCCCUCCCAGAAUCCUUUCUCAGAAGACAAGACGGAUAAGGGCAUUUAUGUCACACGGGUAUCGGAAGGAGGCCCUGCUGAAAUUGCUGGGCUACAGAUUGGAGACAAGAUCAUGCAGGUGAACGGCUGGGACAUGACCAUGGUCACACACGACCAGGCCCGGAAGCGGCUCACCAAGCGCUCGGAGGAGGUGGUGCGCCUGCUGGUGACGCGGCAGUCGCUGCAGAAGGCCGUGCAGCAGUCCAUGCUGUCCUAGCGGCCCGCCGAGGUCCCGACGCGUGCCUGCCGCCUCCUUGUACAGUGACACUACUUCCACAGUCUGCCCCUCGUCCUGGCUCCUGCUGAGUGCUGGCCCCCCACUCCGAAGGCAAGAGCUGGUCCCAGAGGCCUGACUGGCCUGCCUUCCCCUCACCAGUGGCCUGAGGAUCUGGGACCAGCCCUUCCUUGGACACCGAGGACUGGAAACAAUGGCCUGGAGCUGAGUUGUAGUCAGUCUGUAGUGACCACAAGCUUAGCCCCCAGACCCUGCUGCCUGGUCUCAGCAAUGCCCAGGGGAGCAGGGCCCCCACUUCCUGAGAGCAGCCGCAAAACAGAACAACGCCUGGUGGGCCAGCCCUGCCCUCUGUCUCAGUGCCAAAGUGCCUGUGUCCCACGCAUUCCCGUUGCUCAGAGGGGAUUCGACACUUCAGAGGCAGAAGUCUGCCAGCAUGGAAGCCAGCAGGCUCAGUGCACCCAUCGCCCCCCACUCCUCCGAGGGGUGCUAGCCUUCCAGGGCUCACCAGCUUACCAGAUUUAGACGAGGUUUGAGGCUGACUUUUGAGGGCAUUUUUCAAGAUUGCAAAUCUCCUCUAUGUCUGUUUAACUUUUGUACUUUUUUAAUCACUUUGAUACAAAGGGUUUUUAUCUUA